AUGGCACAUAGGAAUUGUUUUGAAGCUGUUGAUCGCACGUUACGAGAUAUACUACAAAUUGAAGAUCCUCAAAAUGCUGAAAAACCUUUUGGUGGUAAAGUUGUAGUUCUAGGGGGUGAUUUUCGACAAAUACUUCCAGUUGUAAGAAAGGGAAGACGAGAAGAUAUAGUCCAAUCCUCAAUUAGCAAGUCAUAUCUAUGGAAUGAUUGUAAUGUCUUUAAACUCCAAACAAAUAUGAGGCUUCUACAGAACGGUAUGAGUGGAAUAGAAACAUCAUCUAUAAAGGACUUUAGUGAGUGGAUUCUUAAAAUAGGUAAUGGUGAAUUGGGAGAAGGAGAUGGGGAUUACAACAUUUCAAUUCCAAGUGAUUUGAUUAUCCAACCUUCAGAGAAUCCAAUGCAACAUAUUAUUGACAGCACAUAUCCAGGUUUGGAAAAUAAAUACACAGAUCCAAGUUACCUACAGGAUAGGGCAAUUCUUGCCCCUACAAAUGAAGUUGUAGAAGAACUAAAUGACUAUAUUGUGUCAUCCUUAAAUGGAGAAGUUCAUGAAUAUCUAAGUUCAGAUUCUAUAUGCAAGGCUUCUUCAAAUGUUCCUGACCAAGAUCUCCUAUAUACUGUUGAAUUUUUGAACACGUUGAGAUUUCCAGGAUUGCCAAACCAUAAACUGACAUUAAAAAUAGGUUUGCCUGUAAUGUUGCUUAGAAACUUGAAUCAAAAUGAAGGUCUUUGUAAUGGAACAAGACUCAUAAUAACAAGAUUGGCUACAUGGGUGAUAGAAGCAGAAAUCAUAACUGGCACUAAUAUAGGCAAACGUGUGUUCAUUCCUAGAAUAACAUUAUCUCCAAGUGAUUCAAAAUGGCCAUUCGUUUUAAAGAGACGACAAUUUCCAAUUUCAGUGUGCUUUGCAAUGACUAUAAAUAAAAGCCAAGGACAAUCAUUGAAACAUGUUGGAGUGUAUUUGCCAAAACCUGUUUUUAGUCAUGGGCAAUUGUACGUUGCAGUGUCUAGAGUUACAAGCAGAAAUGGCCUAAAAUUCCUCAUCAUUAACGAUGACACUGAGAAAAAGUCUGAAACAAAAAAUAUUGUGUAUAAAGAAGUUUUUACCAAUCUUUGA